UAACAAUCUUGUGAAGUCAAUGAAUCAAAAUACAUGUAGGAACAGCUACAUUACGUGUGCGUGCAUACGGCUUAUUGAACACCCUUAAAUUGCGAAUGUGAUGUAUUCGUUCGACGUGAAGUAGACAGUGCGUGGUGUCACAUAAUAUUACAUGAGCUGUACUUUCAAGUUCGAGUUGGAUGUCGUAAUCACUACCCUGCUCAAUGACUGCACAUGCCGUUUUGAAUUAAAUAUAAGAUAAGUAGUUUUAGGUGUCGACAUAUCGCGAAGUAAACUAAACAGCUUAUAAAAGUAAUGAUAAUAUAAAUAUUAUCAGGCGUGUGAGAUUACUCGGUGUAUCGCGGCAGUAGCUCACGAUGGCGGCUCGGGAGGAGAAAGGUUUCGUAGACCUGGACAGUAUUCUGGUGGAGGAGAUUGGCCAGUUCGGGAAGUUCCAGCUACGGACACUGCUGCUCACUGUCAUCGUGGUCAUCUUCGCAGCCUUCCAUGCGGAGUACGUGUUCACUACGGCGAGAAUCGAAACCAGAUGUUUGAUCCCGGAGUGCGAUGGUGAGCAGCCAGAGUUCUCUCCACCGUGGCUCAGUAAGGCUGUGCCUACAACUGAGGACUCGUUUGACAACUGCCAACGGUUCGGCAACGCGACCGUCCUGCCGCGGGCCGACAGCUGUCCGGCUGAGCUGUUCGACAGGGACAGGCUGUUGCCCUGCGACCAAUAUGUGUACCAGAACCAGUUGAGUGUUGUGUACGACUACGACUUAGGAUGCGACGAAUGGCGUCGCUCAUUGAUCGGGUUCGUGCGUACGUUUGGUACGCUAACGGCGCUCCCUAUCACCGGCUACAUCUCCGACCGCUGGGGGCGACGCAUUGCACUUACUAUCAAUGCCUUCAACACCGGCUGGAUUGGAGUCACCAGGUACUGGGCCAACACAUACAUGGGCUUCAUGAUCUCAGAAUUUGUGGAAGCGACUUUCGGAGCCGGGGUCUUCUCAUGUAUUUAUAUUUUGGUUCUGGAGCUCGUAGGUCCGAAAUAUCGAGUCAUCGCUGGAGCAAUUCUAAAUACAUUCUUUGCUGUGGGGCAGGUGAUCAUGGGGCUCAUUGCUUGGGCCGUACCUGCGUGGAGACCGCUUACUCUGGCGCUAUAUAUACCACAACUGUUCACUAUCGCAUACUUCUGGAUCGUGCCAGAGUCUGUACGUUGGUACAUGAGCAAGAGUAGAUAUGAAGAGUCAGAGGCUCUGCUCAAAGAGGUUGCAAGGGUAAACAAAAAACAAUUGUCGGAGAAGUCGUUGCAGGCGUUGAGGGAUACUGCUGAGUUAGAGAAGCAGCGUGAGGCUGAAAGGAAGGCGCAGAAUGUCCGCGAGCCCUGGCUGGUGGUGAAGGUGUUCCAGCACAAGCGGGUGUUGUUCCGAUGCUUCGUGUCUCCGCUGUGGUGGAUCAGUAUGACGCUCAUCUACUACGGGCUGUCCAUCAACGCAGUCAACAUGUCUGGUAACGUGUACGUCAACUACAUGGCGGUAUCAGCGGCUGAGAUCCCAGGGUUCUGGAUAGCCGUGCUGUUGCUACCCAUCGUCGGGAGGAAGCCGGUGCUCAUAGCGGGCUUCUGGCUGUGUGCUGGGUGUCAAGUGGCGUAUAUUCUAAUGCCUAGUGACAUGUUCGGGCUAUCACUGACCGUGUACCUUAUCGGCAAGAGCAGUAUCUCCGCGGUGGUGACGUCACUGUACAUGUACACGGCGGAGUUGUACCCCACGGAGUGUCGCCACAACUUGUUCGCGUUCUCCUCCAUGGUGGGCAGGAUAGGGUCCAUCACGGCACCGCUCACACCAGCUAUUGGUGCGGCAACGUUUUAUAACCUGCCGUUCAUUAUGUUCGCGGUGCUGGCGUUCACGUCAGGGUUCCUUGUGCUGCUGACUCCAGAGACCCUCGGCACCAAGCUGCCAGACACGCUGGAGCAGGCGAACAACCUGGGCACUUCUAAACAACAGAACUAUACGAGUAAUUAAUACCCAAGCCUUUUAAUAUCUGAAAAUGUGUACAAGUACAUAGACUCCGAAACACUCACUUCUCACGAAGUAGUCGGAGUGUCUACUGCCAUACACUGGCUCCGUGUUAUUACUUAAUGCUUUGACCGAUUCAGGAAUCACACUAGACUACCGAGCUAGGCAACCCUAUGUAUGUAUAAUGAUUAAGUUAGCAAGUAUUUGCGAGUCUCAUUACAGAAGUCUGUACGAAUAUUGAUAUUCUAACAAACAAUAACCUAUUUGUUAUCACAUUUGUCGAACUCUGUUUGUACAAUAAACAUGUAACUUUGUA